AUGGGAAGCACGGGUAAUAGCACAGCAUCGAGACUUGUACUGGUUGUUGGUAACAACCGCAUAGCCACUUCUAUCACCACAGCCCUUUAUCAAUCGGGCAGCUACGAGAUACACCAGAUAGUCCCUCGUCGGACAAGCGUCCAUCAUACCAAGGGCAUCACGGUGCACGAAUCCGACCUCUCGUCUCAAUCAUUACGGCACAUACUCUCGACCAUCCAUCCAGAUGUUUUCAUAAGCACGGCCAGUGGCGGUGACUUCGCCUUCCAGAAGCUACUCAUCGACAUCGCGAUCGAGACAAAAGUCCUGCGCUUCAUCCCUGCUGAAGUCGGCCACGACAGUCUCAAUACUCGAUUGCAAGAACGCUUGCCUCCGUCCAAGGAGCGAGCACGUACCAUCGAAUAUCUCCGCCAGUGCUCUGGACAAGGUAAGAUAGAAUGGGUCGGCCUGGCUAUGAGUUGUCUUCUCGACCAUGGCAUCCUAUCUGGCAACCUAGGCUUCGACUUGAAAUGGCACAGCGCGACCUUACACGGCAGCGGCGACGAGCAUUUCGCCGCUUCCUCUACUCCUUUUGUCGGCGAAGCGGUCUUUGCCGCUGUGCAGCACUGGGAAGAGGUCAAGAAUCAGUACCUCCACACUGCAUCUAUGAGCACGACAACGAACACUGUCCUCGCUGCUCUGGAGGUAGUCACGGGCAAGCAGUGGGAGGCUGGACGGAGCGAUGUCGAGGAUUGUGUUCGAGAGGCAGAGAGGAGGGUGGAGCGAGGCUGGCCCGAUGCUGGUAUGUUUUUGAUGGAGAGGAGUGUGCUUUACGAUGAGGGACUCGAUGCUCUCAAGCCGUUCCUUGAUCAUGAUGCCAAGGACAUGCUAAAGCUCAGAGGCGAGGAUGUGGAAGGCCUGGUAAAGGAGGUAGUGCAUCAGCAUAAACACUAUGGCAAAGGAGACUGUGGUUGUGGCUGA